AUGGCAUAUUUCAACAAUCACAAUGCCAGCCCCAUGCGUUAUGUGGCCUAUUACCAGAAUCAGGCCAGCAAUGGACUCCCCGGCUAUGCCGGGGGCGGGGUUAUGUAUGGAGCUGGGCUCUUUUACAAAGACACGGCUGGUCAUAUGGAUGUGGCAGACCCCGCUGGGGGUAAUCGCGGUCUGACAAAGAGAGCGGCCUUUACCAACGGCAGUAAUGUGGUUGAGCUACUCGCACCCGUUCACAGUGAUAUUUUCUUUCAAGAAAAACUGAUGCUUAAUGGGGUGGACAUUAAAAUUCGCAUGACGAGAGGUAAAGAUGAAUUCUGCUUGAUGAGGAGUGAUGCUGUAGCCUAUAAACUAAACAUCCUGUCAGCCUCGCUAUUUGUGAAAAAACUGUCUGUAUCACCAGCUGUGAGAUUGGGGCAUGCACAAGCACUGCUCUCAACAACUGCCAAAUACCCCAUCGACAGAGUGUGCCUGAACAACUUCUCAAUUCCUGCAGGCUCACGUGUCUGCAAUCAAGAAAACUUAUUCUUAGGAACUCUAUCAGAAUCUGUUGUUCUAGCGAUGACUGAUAAUGAUGCGUUCACAGGAUCCUAUAAUAAAAACCCAUUUGCAUUUAAAAACUUUGACCUAGAAUUUUUGGCCAUUUAUCUGGACGGACAACAGCACCCAGCGAAGCCUCUGCAGCCUGAAUAUGAAAGUGGUUCUGCAGUGUGGGAAUUUUACCAGUUAGCGUUGGCUUCUGGAAAUCAUCUUAAAAAUCAGGCUCUAUCUAUUGAUAGGGAGGACUUUCUGCAUGGCUAUACCCUCCACGCAUUCAACUUCACACCAGAUGAGGAGUGCAGUCAGCACAUAUCGCUUAUCAAGUCUGGAAAUAUUAGACUAGAAGCUCGGUUUAGACAACCACUACCCCAAACAAUCAACUUAAUUGUUUAUGCCAUAUUCGAGAGCAUCAUAGAAGUGUCAAAUCGCUGA